CACAAGUUUAGUGCAAAUAUAAUACUUGAUAAAGUAAUUAACUUGUGGUGAAGUUUCUCCAUUGAAUUAUAGGCAAUAAUAUGGAAUAUAAACUUAUCAUUAACAAAGAAUUUUGUAAUAUUUGGAAGAAAUAACGCAUAUGGAUGUGGGAGUAAUUACAAAUAUAUAUGAAAAACACAAGGAAUUAAGCCAAUUUGGAAACAUAACUUCUUGCAUAUAAGAGUACAGUAUAUGCAAUACAGACAUACCAAAAAGAUGCAGAAAUAAAACAGACAGAAAAAACCUUACAAUACAGAUAUAAUCCAACAAAUAUGACAUCACUAUGGAUACCAACAGAAGACAAACAAUGAAACUAAAUGGAACAAUACAUGAUUCUGCAGUAGCACUGAAUCUUACAAAACCUCAGAGUGACCCGAACUAUCAGAUAGUAACCCAGAUUGCUAUUUCUCCAAAAGAAGACUUAGAAAACAUAAGUGACAACAUUCAACAGAAUUAUGACAUCGGCGUAAUAAUUGUAAUAAUCAUUCAAGUGAUACUUAUGAUUCUAAUAUGCUCAGGGAAUAUUCUAGUUAUUUACACAUUCUACAGGAGACGUCACUUAAAAACUGUGACCAACUUUUUAAUAACACAUUUAGCUUGUGCAGACCUUAGCGUAGGACUCUCUCUACCUUUCCAUAUGGCAAUAUUGCUCAAUCCUGACCUACUUCAGAAUAUUAUUGCUUGUGUAUUUAGAUAUUGUACUUUACUCAUGAGUGUAUCUGGGACUUACAUCUGCUUGCUAUUCAUCACUUAUGAUCGCUAUUCAGCCAUUCUGUGGCCGUUAACUACAAGGGACGAGCGUGAGAGAUUCAGCUUUCAGCACGCUGUUAUAUUGGCAAUUACGAUAUGGAUUUUACCAAUUGGUGUGGGAUUCAUUCUCCCGAUGCUAUGGAACAAUGAUACUACCCUUCUAACAGGAUACAAAUGUGAUUUGGUCAAAGUAAUGAAACUGGACUAUUUACGAUUUUGUAUAUGUCCAUUUUUUCUUGCAACUUGCACGAUCAUGGUCUAUAUGUACAUUCAUAUUUUCAUCAAAUCUCAUAGUCAUUUUAAUAGGCUUGCUCGCACCAGUAUAACAACAGUUGAGAUCCGCAGUCGGAGCUUCAAUGGAAAUAUAACUCUAGCGAAAACAAGCGCGUUAGUCCUUGGAUUAUUUUUUCUCUGCUGGUUGCCAUUUUACACAAUCCUCAUGCUUCAGGUUUAUGGCGACUUAAACCUUCCAAGAACUAGAACACUGGAGGUUAGAACCAUUGCUAUGUUAUUGGGAAUCACAAACAGUGCUAUUAACCCCUUCAUCUAUGCUUGGAGAUUGAAGGACUUCAGACAUGAGGCAAAGAUGUUGUGUCUAAGGAAAAGAUACUCUCCACACAGGGUUUUGGUAAAUAGACGAUCCUCCAGUAGGCGUUCAAGUACAAACACAACAUAUCGUAUUGCACCCUCUAGAGCAAGCCAUGAAGAGAGAUUAACUGAGACAUUCAUGAUAACAAGUUUAUAACUCCAAAGUACUCUUGAUCUGAUAAUAUAUUCUGUAUUCUGAUAGUUCCAAUUCACAAUAAACAUAAUAUAUCAGGGUUCUCACCAGAAAAAGUACCUUAAAUAUUGUUAAAAAUCUCUACAAUUACUUGUUUAGUUACUUGACUGCCUGUAAAUGGCAGAAAAUAUCAUAGCACUUCUGCACAUCAUUCUCAAUGAUGCUAUGUGUCAAAAAGACAUUAUAGUAAUAUAUCAUAUCUCUGACAUUAUUUGGGCAUCUCAUGACAGAUAUGAUAUCCUUACAUUACUCAAAAACAUAGAAUACCAAUUGUAUUUUCUACAUGUAGACAAAGUUAUUUGUUAUUAUCAACUGAUGCUGUAUAGUAACAUACCCUUAAUGUGUACACUGAGAGCAUAUGUUACUUAUGUACUGUAGAUGAAUCUCUCUUUUACAGAAGCAAAUAAUCAAACUAUUGGUUCACAUGUACUGUAGAUAAGCAUACUUGUUGUUUGUACUCACUUAAUGUGCUCAUGAAGCCUUGUUUCUCUGGUGGGUGGAACGCUGAAUUCUGACUCUGUUUAACUACAUCUGAAGCAUGAAGAAAGGUGGAAAUAUUACAAAUAGAUAAAAACCUUGUAUAUUUUUUGCCAAGAAAAAAAUUCAGAUUUCGUAGGUGUUCACUACACAGAAGGUAAUUUAUACAGAAGUCAGUAGAGUAUAUGUGGGGGGAGGGUGUCCCCUAGAGAGAGGUGUUCGCUAAAACAGGUUUUAUUGUACAUUGUAAUACAAGUGACACUUUAAAGGAAACUUUUUAAACAGAGUAGAGAAAUAUAAGUAUUUGUGAAGGAAUAAAAUUAUAAUAUGAAUAAUUCCUUUUAAUAAUACAUCAAUUAUUUCAAAACCAGAACUAAAAUUUCCAUCAUUUUUCUGAUAGUAACCAACCAAAAUAUAAACUAAAAACUCCACCAACCUUUAUUUGGUACAGUGUGAGAUUCCUCAUCAGAGCUAUCUGCUCCAUCAUCUGAACUACUCAUGACCCCCACAUCAAAUGGGGAGUGGGCGGAGGGGGCGAAUGGGGAGGGACCUGGGGAUGGGCCUGGCGAUGGCUCAUAUGAAAGUGCUGGGGAUGGCUGCAUUUCUACAAAUACAAAAUGGAGCAUGAACAAAAGAAUAAUCUACAAUAAAAGUGAAAAAUGACUAUACAUAUUACAAACCUGUGUUUCUUAAGCAUGACUUACAUAAGAAUGACCUGCAUGAACAUUAAUGACAUUAUACAUGACUUCAGCCAACAUGAG